GGAUGAUAAGUUUUUUUUACAUAAAAUAACAUUAUUUAUAAUGUUUCUUACAUUUUAGUCAAAAUAAAGAAAAGGUGUUUCAAAGCAGCGCACUUAAACCAGGCGGAAAGGGGACCAAAAGCUGUCGUGGCAAGCAGUGAUUUCUUACAAAAAUUUAAGGCGAUUUUGGAGUUGCAAAACGAAUAAAUGGACGCGAUAUUAAUCAAUCAGAAAAACAUGAUAGAUAUUUAUUAUGCUUUUUCAGGAACAUGACCAAAAUUGUACUCAUAAAGCUGAUCUAAUGGCUCAAAAUAAGACGCUGAGAGAAGUGAAAGUGUCCUCUCAAAACACAGAAAAGCUUGUGUGCCGCAUGACAGGGGAGACAUGCGAUAAGAUUUUAAAUGGGAUCGCCAGUGUGAUGCCGUUCUCUUCCACAACGGCCGUUAUAGACAUGGAGCAAAAGCUGGACACAAAAGAAUACGCGCAAUCGAUGACGACAUACCUGCUGAAAGUAAAGAGAGUAUCAAAUGAUGUUGGUAGUGUGAUCAAAAAGAUUUUUUCUGACGAAACAUUAUACCAUUUUAAUUGGGACAUCAAUCUACGAGACGUCUUCAAACAAAAACGAAACUUAGAAUUUGAAAGAGGAGUGAGAAAAGCAGUAGGAAUGAGUCAUCACCGACUCAAGCAAUAGAAAUACCACGAGAAAAAGUUGAAACAGAAUGCAAAAGUUAAAAUCUAGUUUAUAAUACAAUUUUAUAAAACCAAAC